AGCCACAGCUUAUUAGGCAUUAAUCAAGCAUUAAUUCAUAAUCAAUUAACAAAAAUAAUUUAUCAGAAUUAUUUUAUUUAACACAUGAUAUAAUUAUAAUAUGGCUCUUUUAACUAAUAUUCGUUCGAUUUUCAAAAGGGUAACUGCAGCGGAUAUAAGAUCUAAAAGUAUUAGGUUAUUUUCGGAUCAGCACGAUGAAAAUGCUGAUGAUCAACAAACGCCAAUAGAUCCCCUUAAAGACCGAACUAAGAUAAUUCCUGUUGAAACUAGUAUAAGGUAUUUACAAAGUAAAGCCUACAAGCAAACCUACGGUGAAAACCCUGUGUGGUUUUUGUACAGAAGGAAUCACAAAGGUGGAUUGCCCCCAAAGAAGACAAGAAGAUCUUGUGUUCGCAAUGGAGUUAUAUCAACGGGCAACCCAUGUCCUAUAUGUCGUGAUGAGUAUCUAGUGCUAGAACCUAGAAAUACCAAGUUACUUGAACAAUUUAUAUCUGAAUACACGGGGCAUAUAUUGGACGCUUUUAAAACAGGACUUUGUCAAAAGAAACAUAAGGAACUCUUGGUUGCUAUAGAAAAAGCUUGGGAUCACGGAUACUUAACUUACGAUGUACCUUUUAGAGAAUAUGAUUAUUCUUUGUACAAUAAAACUACAAAUUAAUCUUUUCCUGUUAUAAAUAGAAUUAGUCAAAUAAAAAUAAUAUUACAUAUAA